AUGCUUUUAGGGUUUAUAAAGGCUGAAUAUGGGAUAACAGGGAAACGCUCAGCGUGUGAUCACUUAAUCGAGGCAGUGGAUUACAUAAAGCAACUGCAGAGGAAGAUCCAGCUGCUGAGCGCCAGGAGAGAUAAGCUCAAGAGGUUUUUGAGCCCGGUAGGUCCGCAACCAGAAGAUGGAAGCUUGAGUGAAUAUUCACAGAACCAGGUUAUGGUCUAUCCAUGUUCAGACGGAGUACUAGAGAUUGUGAUAAUUAGUGGGUUUAGAGAAGAAGGGUUGGCUCUAUCAGCAGUGCUGAAGGCCAUGCUCGAGGAAGGAUUUCAUGCUGUGUGCUGUGUUUCAAGUAUUAAAGCAAAUGAAAGGGUACUUCACACAAUUAAGGCUGAGGUGAGCGAUAAUACACGCGUCGAUCCGUAUGGGCUGCAACAGAAGCUCGCCAGUUUGCUGCUCUUGAGAGAAGUUUCAUAUACCUUCAAGCACUUCCUGUGGCCAGUACUCCUCUCAUUAGGUCCAAUCUCAGUUUGCAGAUUAAUGAGCUCCACUGGCGAAGAACUUAUUUUGGUGAGAAAGAAAAAUCUGUCUCUUUUGAUGAAUUUGAUUUGA